GUUGACAUCAACAGCUUCUCUAUACUUCUCUAAUCGUGGUUUUGUUUGACCACACUUUAAACCAGGAAACCAAGAAUGUGAAACAUUGUAUUAGAUUAGAUUAACAUUCUAGAAAGAAUAAUGAAAAUCAAAUCGUCGGUUGAAGAAGAAAAGCAUUCAUGUAGUUAGAGCGCAAGAGUCUUUUAAUCAAAGGACUUCCUUCCAUUUCCUGUGGUUCCGCCUUCAAGUGGCGGCGAAAGGGGGGAAGCAUCACUAGAAGUACAGAGCAGCUGAGGUGAGGACACUUUGGAUAAACAGCACUUUGGAGAGGAUCAACUCAAGCAAAAUGAACCAAACAUCUCAAUAUUUUGAGGAGAACUACAUGAACUUCAGUGAACAUGAUGAUCAGUGGAGCGAUUAUGAAAGCAAGACAAUAAUGUCUUCAGAGGUGAGCAGUGCUAUGAGGGUGAUUUCUCUGGUCGUCUACAGCCUGACGUUUCUCCUCGGCGUUCCCGGAAACAUCUUUGUCGUGUACAUUGCUGGAAUGAAGAUGAAGAGGACCGUUAACACAGUAUGGUUUCUCAAUCUAGCCACUGCCGACCUCCUGUGCUGCCUUUGCAUACCGUUCAGUGUGGCGGAGAUCCUUCUUGACCAUCACUGGCCGUAUGGAUCCGUCAUGUGCAAGAUUCUCCCCUCUGUCAUAGUUAUUAACAUGUUUGCCAGUGUUUUCACCUUGAACUUGAUCAGUCUAGAUAGGUUCACCCAAGUGAUCACACCGGUUUGGGCUCAAAAUCAUCGCAGCUUGUUUCUCGCACGGCUGUCCUGUGUAGUGGCCUGGGUCCUGGCUCUGGUGCUCAGCUUGCCCUUUAUGAUAUUAAGACAAACUUUCACUGAAGUGGAUUUUAACAUCACACUUUGCACAUUUCAUGCUGACGAAGACGGUGACUUCACGACAUCUGGAAUGUUGAGUAUCAUCAGAUUUGUGUUUGGCUUUUUGAUACCGCUCAUAUGCAUCACGUCAUGCUACGGAGUCAUCGCACGCAAGUUAGGCACGAGUCAUUUUCACUCCGGCCGAGCGUUUCGCAUCAUGUUGGCUGUUAUUGUGGCAUUUUUUCUGUGCUGGCUGCCGUAUCACACGGUGGACUUGAUGAUGAAGUACGGAGGGGAAUCUAGGGACUUGGCUUUGGCACUGGAUCCAUUGGCCAUCUCUUUGGCGUACAUCAACAGCUGCCUGAACCCCAUUCUCUAUGUCUUCAUGGGGCAGGAUUUUAAGAACAAAGUUAAACUUUCUCUGAGACGCGUUUUUGAAAGGGCUUUCACUGAGGAGGGAACGCAAAUGUCACGAUCCACCCAGUCACAACAAAUACACUCAGUGUAGUUAAGAUAUAAACAUUUAUCGGUUAGAAAUUAGAGUUUGAUCAGUUUCUAUGCCAAAUCAAGACUCUUACUUGCUUUAAUGUUUUGUAUCUAAUGCAAUUUUGGUUUGAUUAUUCUCAGAAUUAUUUUCUUGACAAAAUACUUUUAUGUAUCUUGGCAAAAAUAUUCUGCCUAUAUUUCUCUUUUUAAAAUGAAACUUAAAGAUAUGCAAAACAUCACAAGUAGCUUAUUCUAGCUCUUUUCAGUAGGAAGUGUCACCUUUUUUUUUAACUUUUUCUCAGGAAGUUAUGAAACUCUUAUUUAGUGCCUCUCUAAAACAUCUGCAAUGAAACGCAUAUGAGAGAGAAGGAAUAUUGUUUUAUGUUACAAUGAGUUUUUGAUAGGUAUUCUUAGCAAUGCUCAGCUUUUGUUGCAAUGUUUUUAUCUUUAUUUAUGAAUUAACAGGGUUUUUUGAACAGCUUUAUGGCAGUAGCUUGCAAUACUGAUGCUAUUAGACUGGUGCUGAAUGUUUUAAUGUACAUUCCUAUUCUGUCAUAAAUGGAAAGUUCUAGCGUCAGCAGGCCUACUAUUAUUAAUAAUGCUCUACAUUGAUGUAACAUCAGUCGAGAUUACUUUAUUACAUUGUCUUCAAUUAUUUUAUAGUUUUGCUACUAUUGUAAUGCCAUAUCACAUAUUUGCAUUAUCAUCUAUAAAAUAUAUUAGUAUACAGUGUGUUUUAAGAUAUAAUUACUGUUUUAUGAUCAUUAAACACUUAAUUUGAACAAA